UCCUAUUCCUCUUCUUCUCACUUCUUUUAUUCACUGUAUAUACUCCCUCCAUUCUUCUCUCAUUUUCAUUUCAUUUCAAUCUUUUUUCUUCUUAACAGAACAGAACUCAAAUGAAAAACCAUUUCUGGGUUCUGUUGUUUCUUUGUUUUCUCUCCUUUCAAUUAUCUUUUUCUCUCUCGCCUGAUGGAGUUACUCUGCUUUCUCUCAAAUCAGCCAUUGAUCAAUCAUCAGCCGGCUCUGUUUUCUCCGACUGGAACGAGAACGACCCCACACCCUGUCACUGGUCUGGAAUUUCCUGCACGAACAUUUCCGGCUUCCCUGAUCCACGUGUCGUCGGCAUCGCAAUUUCCGGGAAAAAUCUACGUGGCUAUAUUCCCUCCGAGCUUGGUUCUUUAGCCUAUCUCCGUAGAUUCAACCUUCACAACAACAACUUGUACGGAUCAAUCCCUGUUCAGUUGUUCAACGCCACCGCACUUCACAGUCUCUUUCUCUACGGUAAUAAUCUCUCCGGUUCUCUCCCGCCUUCGAUCUGUGACCUCCCCAGACUCCAAAACCUCGAUCUCUCUAACAAUUCUUUAACCGGUUCUCUUCCUGAUGAUUUAAAGAAUUGUAAGCAAUUACAAAGGCUUAUACUUGCUAAAAACAAAUUGUCUGGGAAGCUCCCAGCAGGUAUUUGGCCAGUGUUAGAAAAUUUAGUACAGCUUGAUCUUUCUGCAAAUGAUUUUGAAGGCCCCAUUCCCAACGAUCUUGGCGAGUUACAGUCUUUAUCAGGUACUCUUAAUAUAUCUUUCAACCAUUUAUCCGGUAGAAUCCCGAAAUCGCUUGGGAAUUUACCGGUUACCGUCAGUUUUGAUCUGAGAAACAAUAAUUUAAGCGGCGAAAUACCUCAAACGGGGUCGUUUGCUAACCAAGGACCAACUGCUUUUCUUAACAAUCCUCGAUUAUGCGGGUUUCCUCUUCAAAAGUCUUGCAAAGGCUCUUCAGAUAGCCAACAGGAAACCCAAAGUUCAGUGCCGGAAUCCGAUAAAAACAAAAGAAAAGGCCUGAGUCCCGGUUUGAUUAUAUUAAUAUCAGUGGCUGAUGCAGCUGCGGUUGCAAUUAUUGGUUUAGUGAUCGUUUACAUUUACUGGAGAAAGAAAGAUUCAAAUGGUGGAUGUAGCUGCACUGGAAAAGGCAAAUUCGGAGGAAAUGAAAAGGGAAAGCUCUGUUCUUGUCUUUGCAUUAAUGGUUUUAGAAAUGAAGAUUCAGAAAUUGAGGAUCAAGAAAAAUCAGAGAGGGCGAAAUGUGAAGGAGAACUGGUGGCAAUUGAUAAAGGGUUUUCGUUUGAGCUUGAUGAGUUGCUGAGAGCUUCGGCUUAUGUACUGGGAAAGAGUGGGUUGGGGAUUGUGUAUAAGGUAGUUCUCGGAAAUGGCGUGCCAGUGGCUGUGAGGAGACUUGGUGAAGGUGGAGAACAGAGAUAUAAAGAGUUCGUCACUGAAGUUCAGGCCAUUGCUAAAGUCAAACAUCCUAAUAUUGUUAAGUUGAGGGCUUAUUAUUGGGCACCAGAUGAGAAGCUUCUUAUCAGUGAUUUCAUUUCCAAUGGAAACUUGGCUACUGCUCUUCGAGGGAAAAAUGGGCAGCCAUCCUCAAGCGGUCUCUCAUGGUCAACAAGGCUUAGAAUUGUAAAGGGAACAGCUCGGGGCUUGGCCUAUCUUCACGAAUGCAGUCCAAGAAAAUUUGUCCACGGAGACAUCAAACCAUCAAACAUCCUUAUUGACAAUGACUUCCAACCUUACAUUUCUGAUUUUGGACUCAACAGACUCAUAAACAUUACAGGCAAUAGCCCUUCUUCCUCUGGUGGGUUUAUGGGGGGAGCCCUCCCUUACAUGAAAUCAGUCCAAACAGAACGAGCCAACAAUUACAAAGCUCCAGAGGCUCGAGUCCCCGCAAACCGACCUACUCAGAAAUGGGACGUCUAUUCGUUUGGUGUUGUUCUACUGGAAUUACUUACAGGAAAGUCUCCUGAACUUUCACCAACCACAUCAACUUCCAUCGAAGUUCCGGACCUGGUGAGGUGGGUACGAAAAGGCUUUGAAGAAGAGAACCCAUUAUCGGAAAUGGUUGAUCCGAUAUUGCUACAAGAAGUGCAUGCCAAAAAGGAAGUGUUAGCAGUUUUUCAUGUGGCACUUGCAUGCACAGAGGCAGACCCUGAGGUCCGGCCAAGGAUGAAAAAUGUGUCAGAAAAUCUUGAGAGGAUUGGCUCGUAAAAGAGAUUUUGGUUUAAUUUCCUGCAACAACAAGGUCUCAAGUAAGAAGGCGAAGCUGAAAUUUCUUGAUUUUGCAAGGGGCGAUUCAUUUUUCCAACCAUGGAUUUGGCGAAGUUGUUGAGAAAAUAAAGUUGAAUCCCAACAUCUUCCCAGCCAUAUGCCCAAAAUUUUUUCCGGAAAAUUUCGGCAUUUUUUUUUCAUAGCGUCAUUGGAAUAUACAUGUUAUUUUUAUAUUGUGGCAAAAGUUUGUA